AUGCAGAGCGAACUUUACCCGUCGCCGCACUUUGAAGGGGUCGAGAAGCGCAUCGAAAUCAAUUUUCGCGUUGCCGCUGACGACAACAAAAGUACUGGUGGAAUUAUUCCAGUCGCAGGUGGUCUUCGCUGCUUAUCGCGCGCCGCGCUCGACGUGUGCAUGACCGCCGCCGAAUGCGAGAUUGUUUCCGUACGAUCGAACGAAAAGUUUGACGCGUACGUCUUGAGCGAAUCGUCUUUGUUCGUCUUUGCGGACAAGAUUGUGCUGAAGACGUGUGGGACGACCAAAUUGCUCUCGGCUGUGGAUCCUAUUUUGGAACGCGCGGCUUCGAUCGAACGUUUGAAAUUGGUUCCGUCCUCGGUGAGAUUUACGCGCUCCACGUAUUUGUUUCCGGAAGAGCAGCGCGAGCACCACGUUUCUUUUACGGACGAGUGCGAAUUUCUCGAGGGCAGGUUUGGCCACUUGGGGUCAAACUCGAGCUACGUCAUGGGUUCAAACUUUGACGACGCGCAGUGGCACGUCUACGUCGCCGGAGAUUUCGUCGAAGAAACGAAAUCUGAGGCUUCGUUAUCGGUGGAAUGUUGCAUGACCUCUUUGCAUCGAGAGCACUCGCAACACUUCUUCCGCGAGAAUUCACAAGAGGAAGGUCUAACGGCCGUUCCUUUCGUGAGUUCCGAGAAGACAACGCACGACUCUGGUAUUCAAAGUAUCUUUGAAUCGUUUUCGAUCGACGAUUACGUCUUUGAACCGUGCGGGUACUCCAUGAACGGCUUGAACGAAGAAUAUUCCGGCGAAUACUCUACUAUUCACAUCACCCCGGAAGACGGAUUCAGUUACGCCUCCGUGGAGCAUUCUAACGUCGAUUUGAACGCGAACAGUGCCUUCUCCGUGUCAAACUUUGUCGAGAAGUGCGCGAACGUGUUCCAACCGGGCAAGAUGACUUUCGCGGUGACUUGCCACGGCGGCCGGGAAACGACCAACGCGUUCUUUUCUUCCUUGACGAGUACGAACAAGGAUUUGUUUUGCGUGGGAGAAACGUACUCGAGACCGUCCAUGUGCUUUCAGCAGUUGCCGAAGGACCAAGGCUUUGUCGCGUAUUUGACGUUUGUCAAGACUUGCGACGAGGAAGGUCCUGGCCGUGAUAAAGGACUCAACAUCGGCAGCGUCGUCGUUUCGGAAUCCGUUAACGUUGGUAAAAAAGUUGCCUACGAUCCUCGCAGCGAAACGCCAAUGUGCAUUUUAGACGCCGCCAUGAGUUCAGGCGACUCCUCUGAAACCGACGAUUCUUUGAGAGACUCGUCCACGGAUGAGUUUGUGUCGUACGACCAACACGACGAACUCGCCGGACAACUUUUACAACGACAACAAAGAUCGUCGUUCGUUUAA